AUGCCUCAAUCAACAAUCAUACAAAACGGCCACAAAUCCGACGCAAAAUGCACAAAACCAACCGAAACCUUCACCGGCGACGUCUACCUAGACCCCAUCCACUUCGACGCCGAAGCAGCAAUUGCCAACGUCACAUUCACCCCCUGUGCCCGCACCCACUGGCACGCCCAUGAAAAAAAUGAUCAAAGUCGUUGCCGGUAG